AUGGUCCAGAUCACCUCUGUCCUCGCCACCCUCUUCGCGGCCGUUGCCGUUUCGGCCGCGCCCACUGAUGCUCACGUCAAGAAGGCCACUCAUGUGGCGGCCGCUGCCUGCGUCUACACUUGCGGCAGCGUUUGCUACUGGCAGGAGGACAUUGACGCCGCCCUUGCCAAGGGUUCCCAGCUGCAGCAGUCCGGCAGUGCUAUCGACAGCUACCCCCACCAGUACAACAACUACGAGGGCUUCAGCUUCCCCACCUCGGCCCCGUGGUACGAGUUCCCCAUCCUGUCCAGCUACAGCGUCUACAACGGCGGCUCGCCGGGUGCCGACCGUGUCAUCUUCGACGGUCAGGGUAGCCUCGACGCGCUCAUCACCCACACUGGCGCGAGCGGCAACAACUUUGUCGCUUGCAAGAAGAACUAA